UAAACCAUUUGUAAGCUAUUUAAAGGAAGUGGGUAACUGGUUUCUGCCCUCACAGUAGUAGUGGAACAGUCACUUCAAAGCCCAGUCCAAGGACAGCUGGUGCUUGCAUGGAGUGCAGACAAGGCAGCCAUGACAAUCUCGUACACCCUGAAAGUAGCCAAUGCUCGCUUUGGGGGCUUCUCCAAACUGCUUUUCCGUUGGAAAGGGAGCAUCUAUAAACUGCUUUACAAGGAGUUCCUUGUCUUCAUCUUGCUGUAUGCAGCCCUGAGUGUAACCUACAGGCACCUUCUGAAUAAGAGUCAGAAACAUCUCUUCUCAAAAGUGGCUCAGUAUUGCAACCGCUCCACUGACCUAAUCCCCCUUUCUUUCGUCCUAGGUUUCUACGUCACACUGAUUGUGAACCGUUGGUGGGCUCAGUACACCAGCAUCCCACUGCCAGACCAGCUGAUGUGUGUCAUCUCUAGCAACGUGCAUGGCAAGGAUGACAAAGGUCGCAUUUUGCGGCGCACUCUCAUCCGUUAUGCCAACCUGUCAUCUGUCCUCAUCCUGCGCUCAGUCAGCACCAGGGUACUGAAGAGGUUCCCUACAAUGGAUCAUCUAGUAGAUGCUGGUUUUAUGACACAAGACGAGCGCAAGAAAUUUGAGAGCCUCCACUCAGACUUCAACAAAUACUGGAUCCCCUGUGUGUGGUUCACCAAUUUAGCAGCCCAGGCACGACGGGAUGGGCGGGUCCGAGACGAUGUGGCACUCCGUCUGCUCAUGGAUGAGCUGAACCUCUACCGGUCCAAAUGCAGCAUGCUUUUUCACUAUGAUUGGAUCAGCAUCCCCCUGGUCUACACACAGGUAGUCACCAUUGCAGUCUACUCUUUCUUUGCCUUCUGUGUGAUUGGGCGUCAGUUCCUGGAUCAAGAUGGAGACCUAGAUAUGUACGUGCCCUUACCCACACUCCUGCAGUUCUUCUUUUAUGCUGGCUGGCUGAAGGUAGCAGAACAGAUAAUUAAUCCCUUUGGAGAGGAUGAUGAUGACUUUGAAACCAACAAACUGAUAGACAGGAACUUCCAGGUAUCACUGCUUUCAGUGGAUGACAUGUACCAAAAUUUACCUCCAACUGGCAAAGAUAAAUACUGGAAUGAAUCUACAGCACAACCACCCUACACAAUGGCCACAGUGGCAGAGACCUUGAAACCCUCCUUCAUGGGAUCUACUUUUGACAUGCGGAUGAGUGAUGGCUCAGAACAGAAUCAGCAGGUAGACGUAUCGCCCAACAUGACUAGGAUCCAGACGCCUCGGCUCAACCGCUUCCUCGCAGCAGCAGCUUCCCCUGCAAUCAGCCUCAAGAAUUUUGGAAAGAGCAGCCGAAAUCACCAUCAACUGCUACGCGCAAGGGCUGAAGGCGCCUUCCCCUCCUCCAGCCCCAGUUUCUAUCGCAGGGAAGACCCAGAGGCAGUUGGUCACAUUGAAGAAGAGGAAACAGAGAACGAGGAGACCACACUUAGUGUAACCCCCACAUCUGACUCCCAUCUUGGAGUAUCCUACAAACCUAAAAACACCGAGAUACAAGGAAAGGAACUACCCCAUAUUACAGUGAUGGAAGCCUCCAAUGACAGAAAUAGCAUCACUGACCAUCCCUCAGGUUAGAUCCAUAACAGCAGGGCUUGCUGAGUAGGUGGACAUCCGUCACUGGGCAAGAGCUAAGGUCACGGAGGUGGAUUCUUAUGGACUGAGGCAAGCUAUGUAAAGUGAAAUUUUAUUACUUUUGUAUAUGAACCAGGCCCACUUCUCUAAUUAUGAAUUAAGUGAUAUUUUAAGGAAUUACAUGGUUAAUUCUUACAUGAAGCAGGAAGCUUAUAGGCUGCAGCUCAGUAGUGUAUGGUACGCUAUGGGAAAUAAAUGAGCAGCUACUUACAUAUAUUUACAUGACAUAGUUUGAUUAAAUCUCUAAUAUGUGAUGCAAUUCUAGCAAACCUUUAAAGGUCCAAAAGAUAUUUGUGCAAUAAUUCUAUUUUUUCAACCAGCAGAAUUUCAGUGUUCUCCAUCUGUAAAAUGGAUAAAUGUUAGGGUUGGGGGUCACCACAACAUGAGGAACUGUAUUAAAGGGAAGGUUGAGAACCACUGAGUUAGAUGGAAGUGUCAGUAUAAGAUUGGAAAAAUCCCUGCUUCUUAGAUACCUGAAGGCUUUGAGAUCGUUGUUCAAGCCUGAUCUAGGACUGAGAAGUGGUAUUUUUUCCAAAUCAAGCUGUAUCUAGCACCCAAUUAUUUUCCCAGCCAGCACAAAUACAAACAAAGAUCCUUGGGCCCAGAGUACUAUGCUUGAACUGUAAAAUACUCCCAUAUUGCUUAAAAUUAUUGCUUAAAAGAAUGAAAUAACAUAUCAGUUACUAACUCACAGGUUCCCUACUCUAUUACAAGCCUGCCACAAAGGAGGUUUUGUUAAGCAUCCUUAUGCUAUUAUACACACCAGCUAGAAAAAACACAAAAGAUUAAAAAAACAAAUGAAUACCAUUUCCUGAAGGAUGCUAAUUUCUUAUCUAUCCAGAGGCAGAGGAAUGAGAGACAUUAGCUUGGAUCACCAACAAGCACAACUUCAUAACACCAGCUAAUCAUUUGUGUUUCCAACUGGACGAUGACCUUGUGCCAGAUUUUACUUAUGCUCCCUAGAUGCUCCUAGGUGUAUUUUCCAAAAUGAAAACAUAACAAGUUUGAAAACACAAGGAUUGUUCCCAACUUUCGAAAGAAUCAGACCUUUGUUAAAGAGGCCAGACCCUUCUGCUAGAAGGGAAUUAAUAUUGCACUGGAAUGAGACUAGAAGGUCAACAGAAGACAACCCAGUCACUUAGCAGUGCGUCAACAAGUUGAUCCCACAUCUAAAUCAAUGAAGCAUCACCAAGUAAAACCAGAAACUUGCUGCAUCUA